AGAGGGGACUUUUUAACCGAGGACCAUGAUUUAGCAAACGGCAAGUCUGACCAGUGGCAAUUGGUCUCGAUGCGAUGUCAAAGGUGAGUCCACGCUGCGCGCUUCCCGAAGCCACUUCGCACCUGCAAGUUCACUCGAGUAUUUCCGUAACAUGUGAGAAAACCGACCACGUGCUACGAAACUGUGAUGCGCAAUCAUUCUAUAGUGCUCCCCGAGGUGAUUCUAUCGUUUCAUCGGCUGCUGGGUCAUGUGCCUGCGUUCCUGGUUUUUUCCCUUUUGCUUUCGCAGCAUCGACUGCGUGGUUGAGUGCUUACGUUCCUGUUUACUGGCCACUGUAAAGUGUAGCGUUUGAUUGUUCGUUACCCUUUGGAUAGUUAUAUCAUCUGACAACUUCGCAUGUUUUUUAAGAAGCGCACAAGCUAGUGUAACUAAACGGCACAAUGGAAGUCUUGAAAUAUCUAAAAGGAUUGACAGUGAUGCAUCUUAUGUUCGCCAUUGCAUUCUUUACAUCCGGUGUGAUUAUUAAUUUCUUCCAAUGCGUUUUAUAUCUUGGAUUGAGGCCUUUCUCGAGGUAUCUUUACCGGAAGAUCAAUUAUUAUCUCUGUUAUUCCAUUAACUGCCAGCUAAUAUUCUUGACAGAGUGGUGGUCAGACUCGGAGAUUGUGCUCUACAUAGAUAAAGAAGACUUCAAAAAGUAUUAUGGAAAAGAGCACGGUUACAUUAUAAUGAAUCAUUCUUAUGAAAUUGACUGGCUAAUGGGAUGGUUACUUUGCGAUCGAAUAGGAGUAUUAGGGAAUUGCAAGGCAUAUGCUAAGAAGUCUGUACAGUACAUUCCACCCUUAGGAUGGGCCUGGAAAUUUGCCGAAAGCGUCUUCCUCGAAAGGAAUUGGGAUAAGGACAGAGAAAUUAUUGGAAGACAAAUUAAGGAGCUGAUAAAUCAUCCAGAUCCGAUUUGGCUUUUACUAUAUGCCGAAGGGACUCGAUUCACUCCGGAGAAGCGAGAGGCAAGUCAAAGGUUCGCCAGGGAGAAAGGAUUACCAGUAUUGAAGUACCAUUUAACACCCCGAACCAAAGGAUUUACUGCUAGCGUACCUUACAUGAAGGGAAAGAUACCAGCGGUGUAUGAUGUGCAACUAGCAUUCAAGACAUCGGAUACUGUGAACCCCAGUAUAACGAAUCUUCUCUUCGGCAAGAAGGUUGUGGGCCAUUUAUAUUUUAAUAGAAUACCAAUGGAGGAAAUUCCGGAUGACGAAACUGGAGCUGCAGAGUGGCUUCACAAACACUACCAACAGAAGGAUCGAAUGGCGGAGAGCUUUUUCGAGACGAAUGAUUUCUUUGCGACGAGCGGCGUACCAAGAGUAGAACCGUUCAAGCUUAAAAAGAGAUAUUAUGCCGCAAUUAAUACUUUGGGCUGGGCAGUCAUCGUCCUUGUCCCAAUGCUCUACUAUUUAGUUAACUUAUUCCUCUCGGGCUCCACUGUUUACUUCUCCAUUGGCGUGGGAAUCCUUGUUUUAUUUUAUCUUUUAAUGAAGAAGACGAUCGGGAUGUCCGAAAUAAGCAACAGUUCUUCAUACGGUUCUACCGAGACGAAGAGAGUCAAGUCAUGAGAUUAGGUUUGACCCUCUGAGAUUAUCAGCAACGAGAUCUUGAGCAGCACAAAGAAGAACGUUAUCCGAAUGGAGGAAAGCUAGUAUUGUACGGUGACCUCUUUUAAUUUAUACCUCAAUGCAAGUCGAUGAUGUACUUGAGUUUCCAGUGGCGCCAACUCGGUUACGAAAUGCUACCGCCUAGCCUAUGACUAAUUAUUAUGUAUGUACUUAGUAUUAUUGCAUAAGAUUUAUGACAUACUUUUCUGUUUAUACUCCUUUUCAUAUCUAUAAUAAUUGUUAUUGUUGAAUAUACGACUGUUUAACUCCA